GAUCCGCUGAUCGUCUUCCUCCUUCGGUUCCCCGGCCUGCAGCCCAAGCCUCCACUGUGUGCAUUUUUUUUGUCCCUUCAUCUUCGAGACGAUACCAUAGAAAAGGCCACCGCCUCUGCUUCGACCACCAUGUUUUCUGCUUGGUUCUCAUCUUCCCAAGAUACGCCCAGAGCCACCAUGACCGAUGACCACCCCCACCGAUCCCGGCUCCAGCUGCGGCGUCCGCCCUCCAUGGCCGAGUUUCCGCGACCGCCACCGUCGGCCUUCCUCCGGAGAGAAACCGGUGCCUAUUUGGAUGGCGCUCUCACCUCUGACGGCGACCGUUUGCCAUUUGUCCUGGGAUCCAUCGCCCUCAGCAGCGUCCCGCAGAGUCACGGUCUCGAUCUAUGGGGCCCAGAGCCCCGCUCCAACCGCCGUUCCUGCGAGCGCUUCCUGGGCGAUGCCGAGGAUUGUUACGCGACAUCUAUGGGCGAUGUCGAGGACGUUCCGAUCAUGGCCAAGUCCAAGAUGCUGACCAAGCUCAUGGGCGUCGAUCUCGCUGAGGUCCUGGACGAAGAGAAGACCACCUUUCGCAUCUUCGUUUCGUGUGCUGGAUCAGAUACCGAGUGGGAGCGCUCUGUCCUCAUGACCGACGUCUAUCCAUUCGUGCGCCAAUUAUGCCACCAGAUCGGAAUGGAGCUCCACGUCAUCGAUCUACGCUGGGGUGCCGAUGACGGUCUCUUCGAUGACCAUAUGCAGGAGGAGUUUUGUCUGAACGAGAUCAGCCGAUGCUUCCAGCUUUCUGCGGGGCCAGCCUACGUCGCCUUGCUGGGUGACAAGUGUGGAUCUCGCCCUCCACCCCGAACGAUCGACGCCGAGGAAUUUGAAAACAUGCUGAUGUAUUUGCGCGAUGUCGGAGUAUCUCCAGACGGAGACCGCCGCGGCGACUACCAUCUGCUGAUGCAAUGGUACAUCAAGGAUAAAAACUGCCGUCCAGGACGCUAUGUCCUGCAGCGAGUCGGGGCGGCACUCAACGUCAACCGGCCUCAGGACUCGCCUGCAUCCCCACUGUCGCCUCCGCCGGCCGGUGAGAGGGCGUGGAAAAUGGCCCUGGAUGAAUGGAAGACAGUCUCUCCGCGACUGGUAACGGUUCUGCGCGAGGGUGCGCUGUGUCUUACGGUGCGCGACGAGCGCAAGUACUUUGUUUCAUCGCUCGAGAAGGAGAUCUUCAAGGCGGCGUUUCAUUCCCUCGAUGGACUGGAGAACAUGGAGGAAGAAGAUGUCGAGAAGGAAAUCUCCAAGCGCUUCUUUUGCUUCCAGCGCUCCCUCUCUGGCUUCGACAGCCCUCUCUUCAGCCAUCCCGUCGUCAUGAAUACGUACUUUGACACCAAGUUGCGAGGCAACAGCCGCGACAUGAUCAUCGACGAGGAAGCUCGCCAGCGCAUCUACGAUCUUCGAGAGCGCGUUCCCUUCACAUCAACGUACACCACUCACCUGCGUCUCGACGACGUCGGAUUCGAUCCACGCACCGACCCGGAGCAAGCCAUCUACCUGCGAACCUUCUGCGACGAGCUAUCCGAGCUUUUGUGCACCACCAUCAUCCAGCGGCACCAACUGAUGGGACAGCGCCAGCUCUUAUUGAACGACCCGCUCAUUGCCGAGGUGGCCGUCCACCGGUCAUAUGCAACCGAGCUCUGUGCAUCGUACAUUGGCGUUGGAGCUUCGAAUGUUGAUACCGUGGGGCAGCAUAUAUCCGAGAGCACAACAAACACGCCCCUGUGGGUUUAUGGUCCCGAUGGAUUCGAAACGGCUUGCUUUGUUGCAAAAUGCAUCCACGACAUCUCUCUGACCUCCAAUCCAGCCCCGCUCAUCGUUUAUCGAUUCGGCGGACUCACCAUGUCGAGCCGAACGCUCCCUCUACUUCUCCGCUCCAUAUGCUCACAAAUACGCAUGUGCAACAGCGAUGACAGCACCGGCCUUCCAGACAGCCUAGAAGAUCUCAGCGAAGCUUUUGUCGAGUGUCUAAAGACAGCUACAGAGGAGCGGCCAAUCGUCAUUGUCGUCGGCUGCCUUGACAACGUGUAUGCUACGAACCAAGACCAAGCGCGCGUUUGGAUCCCCAAGACUCUACCACCACAUGCAACGCUCAUUCUAAGUCAGGCCAGCUCGGAUCGAAAAGGAAAAGCUGCGACGCAGACGGCGGAGGGCAAGAGUCUCCUCGUCGAUUUCGACACCGAUGCCAUCAUUGGGUAUCUUAAGGACCAGUCCGGGCGAGACUUGACCGACGAGCAAGUCGAGCUGUUGCGAAAGCACUGCCAAACGAACACGACGGGACAAUACAUCCGAGGAAUCUGGGAGAUCGCUAGCCAGUGGCAGUCGAACCAACGGUCUGCCGAUCUUGAGCCGACACUGCCCGCCUCCGCAUCGAAUCUCAUGGGCGAUAUCUUGCGGCGCAUGGAAGACAAGUAUGGAUCGACAUUUGUGAUGCGCACGCUGUCCUAUCUUGCGGUCGCGAAACGAGGUCUCUCUGUCAUCGAGCUCGAGGACCUACUGUCGUGUGACGAUCGGGUGCUGAACGACGUCUACAAGAACUCAUUCCCGCGGGUCUGCCGUAUCCCGCAAGUGAUACUCUUCCGGUUUAUUAGCGACAUGGAGCCAUACUUCAUCCAGCGAAUGUUUGACCGCACCCGAGUCCUGUGCAUCCGCGACCCAGAGUUCCACUCGUUUGUGGCACAUCGCUAUCUCACGGAAGGGCGCCAGAUCAUGGUCUGCCGGAGACUCGUGGCAUACUUUGAAGGGACAUGGUGCACACAGGCCAAGCCCUACGAAGACGCCUUUGGUCGAGUGCGUGAUGUCCGAUGGAGACAUCUUGCCGAUCAGCCGUUCAUCUACUCGGUUCGCAACAGCCUUAUCAACCACCGCAAGAUGAGUAACUUGGUUGGCCUCCAGCUUGCCUCGGGGCGGUACAGAGAUGCCGUCGUCACCCUCGAUCACGCGGAUUUCAAGAUGGCGGUCAAGUAUGUUGACCAAGACGUGCGGCUGCUGCUUGCCGAGCACACAUGCAAGAUCGGGCUUGCGUUCAAGUCUGGAAGCAACGGCCUCGAUCAGGACGUGGGCCGAUCCAAAGCGAUGAUCCAGAAGAGCGCCGCCGAUGGAUGUGCGCGUGCCCAGAUCGAGCUCGGCCUGGAUCUGGCUCGCGACGGAUCUGAGGCGGCCAAGGAGCAGGCGCGGAAGUGGCUGGCCGAAUCCGAGCGACACCCCCGCUCACCGCUGGAGUACUACCUGACAGCCAAACUUCUCAAGAUGCUUGCGGCCGAAGGCGACCAAGACCAAAGCGUAAUCCAGCGCUACCUCGAACUUGCAGCAAAAGGUGGAAGCGUCGAAGCCCAGCUUCAGCUGGCCUCAAACUACACCCACGGACUCGAUGGCUGCUCGAUUGACUCCAAGUUGGCGCUGCAGUACUACCUUAUGGCUGGCAAGCAAGGCGAUAGCAACGCACAGUACCAAGUUGGAUGCAUGUAUCGAUGGGGCAUGGGUGUCGACAAAGACGAAGCCGAGGGUGUCCACUGGUUCGAAAUGGCGGCGAAGGGCGGGUCCGCUGUGGCCUGUGAGGCGCUCGGAACCUGCUACGCCAGCGGCAAGGGCACCGACGCCGAUCCCAGCAAGGCAAUGGAGUACUACCAAACGGCAAUCCGAAACGGACACUCGCUCUCUAAGCAGGCCAUCCAGAAGAUGGCCGAGUGCUGCGAAGCCCUGUCGUCCCAGCUCCGAGCCCGUCUGGUCCAGCUGGAGAGCGAAGAGCAUGCUGAGGCUGUCGCGGCGUCGGCCGAGUCGAUCAAUAAUGGCCACAAGUCCACCAAGGGCGACAAGGCCGCCAAACCUGCCGCCGGCCUGCAAAUCGUCACCGCCGGACAGACUGGUGGGGAGCAUGCCGCCGAAGCUACCGCAACUGUGCUUGCUGAGGUCACAUCCGGCCAGAAAUCCGAGGCCGAUCCGGCGAUGGUGAACGGCAAGCCCACGGAAGCUCCAACCGGCAUCCCGGCAGAUGAAGUUCGUGAUGCUCCCGCCGACGAGGCCGAAAAGGCGGACGGAGAAGCGACCGAUGCUCCGAACAGCCAAACCAACGGACACUUGCCGGUCCAAGAUGCGCUCAUCACCGAGUCCGAGCCAUCCUCCGCCAGCGCAUAAGGAGCGUCCCGGGCACUGCCUCGAGCCGGCAUAUACUCCACGCCUGCAUGUCCAACCCAAAACUCAGGAGGCCAUAGUCGCCAUUCUAACAGACAUCACUGUAUAUCAGCUCAAUAGAGCCCAACGAAACAGACUCGCCCAUUUCAUCCAAGCCGUUAGUGGCAGCGUGACGAUCGCAGGGCG